UCGAAUAUAAACAUUUUUUAGAAGGAGAGUGAAAAAAAAAAGAAUGGAAUUAUAGAAUUUUGAAUAUUUUGGCUUACAUCUCCCAGAACUGAACAAUGUCAUAAUGAGAGAGAACUUGAACCGUUAGAACUCCACAUACCAUACAUGUCUCAAGACCUACAUCUGAAUCUGGUCAUUUACCUUCUGGUUACCUUCAGAGUAAAAAGACAAGUGUACAACUAUACUGUAUUUGGAAACAUUUGACUACAAAAAUGUCUUCCUCAACUUCAACUUCGACCUCAGAUGCAAAUGAAGAGAGCAAGGAGACAGUACCUGUACCAUUUCAGGUACAGAAGCGUGAUAUACUCUUCAGCAACUCCACUCGCUACCUGGUAUUGGACUUUAAUGGAGAGGGAUGUUUUGGCAAAGUAGCCAAGUGUGUCAAUUUAACAACGGCCAAGAUGGUGGCAGUAAAGAUCCACAAAAAGAGUGAAGAUCACGUCAUUCAAAGGGAAGUGGAAAUGCUAGAAGCAGUCAGGGCUCUCGACCCAGAGAAAAAGAACAUAGUAAGAUUCAUGGACAAUUUCAGGUUCCACAACCUCUCUUGCCUGGCCUUCGAGAUGUUGGACAGGAGCCUUUGGGAUCUGAUAAAGGAGAGGAUGUGGACGCCACUGAGUCUUAAUGAAAUUCGCCCUGUGACCCAUCAGCUACUCAUAGCAUUUGAAGCCCUGAAGGGUAUCGGCAUCCUGCACACCGACUUGAAACCUGACAACAUAAUGCUUGUCAAUCACAAGCAUCAGCCCUUUAAGGUGAAGCUAAUCGACUUCGGUCUGGCCCUUCCAGUGAGCAAAAUGCAGGUUGGGAUGACCAUACAGGCUAAUGCAUACAGGGCUCCAGAGGUGACCUUGGGCCUCCCCUUGUCAGAAGCUGUUGAUAUGUGGGGAGUGGGAUGCGUCAUGGCAUUCUUAUACUUUGGCACUAACCUCUUCCCUGGAAACUGUGCAUAUCAUACAAUGAAAGCUAUGCUGCACCUGCUGGGUCAGCCAGAAGACCACCUGCUGAGUGCUGGAAUAAACACCUGGCAGUAUUUCAGCAGGGAGGAGGGCUCCAGCAGUCCAGGGUGGAGACUAAAGUCACCAGAGGAGUACAAGGAGGCAACUGAUGUCACACCCCAAGUUUCGAGGAGGUUUUUCGACUUGGCCAGGAAUUUGGAGGAUGCAGUACAAAGAUACCCAGCGAAAAGGGACGCUCUUGAGUAUGAAGAUAGGAUGGCAUUUUUAAGCCUCUUAAAGUGGUGUCUACAUCUGGAUGCUGGAAGGAGAAUCAAACCCAAGGAAGCCCUAAAACACAGUUUUGUAACAAUGGUUCACCUGGUAGAUGAAAUGGACACCAGCCCGUAUGCAGAUGAUGCUCUUCAGUUCAUGACUGUUUCCCCCUUGGAUAAUUUGGACGAAUCAGAUGAUUCUCUCACCAACAGUGACAAUGACAUGGAGCUCAGAGAUGACCAGGCUUCUGACUCAGCUGAUCUAGGUAGAUCCAGUUAUGAAGAGUCAGACCCUAUAGAAUAUUAUUUUGAUUUUUCAAACAGAGCUGUCAAGACUGACUUAAAGAGAGUGCCAUCUACAGCCUCUUUCUAUGAAAAGGAUUCAAUAACUGAGAGUUCUAGAGAUUCAGACACUGAGAGUUCCAGUGGUAACGAUGCAGACAUUGACACUUCCAGUGAUGAAGAUGAUAUAGAUCCAGCUACCAGUGACUCUUAUGGUGGAAGCUCCAGUGACGACACAGAGCCAGCCAUCAGUGACUCCUGUGAUGGAGGCUUUUACAUGCCAAGUUUCACUGACAAAGCUGAUAUAGAGCCAGCCACCAGUGACUCUUAUGGUGGAAGCUCAUUUAUUCUAAGUUCCAGUGACGAAGACAAUAUAGAGCCAACUACCAGUGACUCCUGUGAUGGAGGCUUUUACAUCUCAAGUUUCACUGACGAAGAUGAUAUAGAGCCAGCCACCAGUGACUCUUAUGGUGGAAGCUCAUUUAUUCUAAGUUCCAGUGACGAAGACAAUAUAGAGCCAAGCCAGCCAUGUUUUAAUUUUGAUGAAAUUUCAUCCCCCACUGGCUUACAGAGUGCAUCAUCCAUUGCUGGUUUCAGUGAAGAAGAUUCACUCCCUGAGAGUUCUAGUGAUGGACAUUCAAACUCUGAGAUUUCCAGCCAUGGAAAUUUAACAGGACCUUCAGCAGCCACUGACUUUCAGGAUGGAGUCAGAGACACUGAUACUCUCACUAAAGUAGAGUCAGGGCCUGCUGCCACUUCCAGUGAUGACAGUAUAGACACUGUUUGUGUGCCAAUUGCCUUUAACACUUAUGAUGACAGAGCUUUAGCUGCUGCUGGCUCAACUUAUGGAGCUGCAGCCUCCAUUUCUUCAAAUGACAGAGCUCCAGCUGCCAUUAGACUUGUUGAUGUGGAUGAUGUCAAGAAAAAGAAAAAGAAGAAUCUGUUUCAGAGAACCUGCAAAUUCUUCUGUCGAGUGAAGACGAGAGUGGUUUCCAUCUUUAAAUGUCGAAAGAACUAAUCCACAUUUACAAUAAGAAUGAAAACAAUUAGAACAAAAAUGAGAGUAUAGUUAGACCCAGACUUAUAGAUAAGUCAUUCUCUAUGGUAGAGAAUGAAUCAGUUUGGGAAGCACAGUGCUUCACAGCAAGAAGGGGUUCUGGGCCUUUUUCUGUGAGGAGUUUGCAUGUUCUCCCUGUGCCAUCAUGGAUUUUCUCUGGGUGCUACGGUUUCCUAUCACAAUCCAAAGAUCUGCAGUAGGGUUUAUUUGCGACCUUAAAUUGUCCUUAGGUAUGAGUGUGAGUAUGAAUGGUUUUCUAUGUCUGUAUGACAGCCCUGUAACAUACUGAUCUGGGCUUGAUGUGACCUUGCUCUUUUCUUUGUUAAGCAACAUGUAAACUGUGUUCAAUAAAAAUGCCAAAAUGAAAAUGUAAACAUAUGAUUGCUUGUUUUUAUUGAGAAUUUAGGAGAAAUUAAGAAUGCUUGUUAAGUCAUUUAUGGAGUAAGACAUUUAAAACUGAAAAAGUUGUAAUCUGACCCAACUGAUGGUAGAGUUAUAUUAUGGCUAUUAAAAAGAACAACUAUCAGAUGAUUUCAGAUGUCCUAAGAGGCUCAGCUGGAUCAUAUUCAGCAAAUAUUUGGGAGAUCAUAAG